GGAUCUUAAAAAUAUUAAGAAGAAUCAGAAAAAUCAUGAAAAAGAGCUGAGUCAGAUAAAAAAAUUGUUGGAAAAGGUCAAUGAUGGUAAAAAAGGGGCCAUGAAGAAGAUUCAGAAAAAUGAAAAAAAGAUGGAAGAAAGAUUUAGGGAUCUUCUAAAGGGUGAAGGGAAGAUGGGGAACGUUAUCAUGGAACUGGCAUCAAAACUGAACAAAGUAUCAACAGACGUGGCGUCAAUCAAAAUGGCAAAUGAUGAACUGAAGCGGCAGCUGUCCGAUUCUGGUGGCAGUUCCCCAGCUAUUGAAAGGAAGCUGGCAGGUCUAAUAAGGGAUGUGGCAGAACUGAAAACAAGAACAGAGAUGAAUCCGACUGUCUUCAAAAUUACGAAGAACCAAAGGAUACUGGCAGAGGCGCUUGAGUCCAUUGACAGAGAGCUGACAGUUUUUCAGAGCAAACUUAGACACAUUGACGAGAGAACUGACGAGUUGAGAGGUCGACAAACAAGAGAAGAGCUUCACAGAAAAACUAUCAAUGAUGCUCUACAAAUACUAACAAAAGCUGUGAAGAACAUGAGAACAAACAUUAAGAAAAUUAUCAAUCCUCAGUCAUCGUAUAAUAUUGAGAGGACUAACGCCAUGAAAGAAGUUCAGUCUGAACUGGAGAUGAUGUCAAAAGCAAAUAAGAAACUGGUCUAUGAUAUGUCCCAGACAAGGACAGAGCUGAGCUCUCUGUUGAAGGAUCUUGUAGGCAUUCAACAGGCACACCAGCAGAGCAUUGCAAGCAUUGAAACUCUGGCUCAGGCCAAUCUCAACACCAAACAGAACUACAAGGUUCUGAAGUCUGAUCAGGAUCAAAUGAUGACCAAGAUUCAGACAUUAGCAUCUGUGUACCGGAGCGUGCUAACCGCACUUCACAACCUGGAAAUCAAAGAGAUCAAUGUCAUGCAUAAACUGGAACGCUAUGAAGAAGCUGUUUCACGGUUAAAUGCAAAUUUUUUAGGAGCAACGAAAGGGAAUGGAAAGGGCUCAAAGAAAGGGAAGCAGACAUCAAAGGACUUGACGAACUUAGCCAGUCUAUUAAGGUCCCAGAAGUACAUUUACAGUCAAGUAAUGAAGCUACGCAAAGAUUUAAAGAAAGUGAAGAAGCAGUCGAGACGUCGUAGCAAGUCUAAAGCUAAAUCACGAAGCAGGAAAGAGCGUCGUAGAAAGAAAAAACGCAAGAAAAAAGGAAGAGGCAUGUUGCGUCUUGACAGAAAGAUGAAGGGGAUUCGUGAUCUGGACAGGCGGGUGAAGGAAUUUAAUGGAAAGGCAAAACCAUACAAAAAGGAACAACGUAAAAGGAAAAUGAAAGAAAGAGAUGAGUCAAGAACAUGAAUGAAUGUCUGAUACGUGAUG